AUGAGUCAAGGCGAUCACGUGUGGAGCACGGACAUGUUGGAAGUCAGCGGCAGACGGGUAGGGGAGGUUGGCGACGGUCCGCUCAUUCCUCUCACCUACUGUGAUGAAGCUCAAUCUCGGCUGAACACGAUCAAUGUUCAUCAAGCUUUAAACAUCCUUGCCAGGUUCUGUGGAUUGCGCUGGUUGCUGAGUGAACAUCAGAAGGAGGCUGAUGGUCUGCCCCCAGCCGAAGAUGUUGAAAGAUGGGAGCUGCAUGGCUCGGACCUAGAUGAUCUGUCAGUUGAGCGGGAGAAGUCCUCGACCAAGCUUCCUCAUUCUUCCAGGAGCAAGUCUUCUGUAAGGGGGUCUCGUUUGCUGGGAAUGUCCCUAUGGGAGUUGCUUCUUCAUCUGCCAGGAUCAAGCGCCUCGUCAGCACGAACAAUAAGAAGAUCAAUGGCAUGCAGGAGGUCUGGGACAUUCUGCUCAGAAAUCACGACUCGUCUGCAAAGCCAUGAACAGUCAAGCACGGAGCUGACUCAAUGUUGCGAGUUUCGGCCAAGAGAGCUAAAGAGUCGUAUGCUCGAGCAAAAAGUCCUUAAGUUGCACGAACUGCCGAUCCAGAAGUUGGUGAUAGCUCCGCUGGUCAAGUUCGACACUCAUGUUGAAGCCACGGAGGCAUCCAAGCAUGAGAUUGUUGCUAAUGUGUACAAGCUGGGAUACUUGGAUUGCAGGAAUAGUGAUUCUCCUUGUUGCCCUCUCGAACAUGAAGACGGUAAGCAGCUCUAUCCUGACCUGCCCCUUGCUCAAAGUGAGCAGAGCAAUGUUGCGGGUGCAGAAGCAAUUGAAGAGCAGAUAGCAUAUGAAGCUGCAAUGGAGGAAGACAACUCCCAAGGUGGCGUAACUGAUAAGGUUAGGCCAGAUGCGAAGGAGCAGGCAGGUGAGGCCGUUGAGUAG